AAUCGUUUGGCUCAGGAAAGAUCACCUUACCUUUUACAACACGCCGAAAAUCCAGUGCAAUGGUAUCCAUGGGGUGAUGAAGCAUUUGAAAAAGCCCGUUCAGAGAAAAAACUUAUCUUUCUAUCAGUAGGUUAUUCUACUUGUCAUUGGUGCCAUGUUAUGGAACAUGAGUCAUUUGAAAACCAUGAUGUUGCAGCUGUCAUGAAUGAACAUUACGUGAAUAUUAAAGUGGACCGUGAAGAACGGCCAGAUGUAGAUCAACUGUACAUGACCUUUGUUCAGAUAUCAGUAAUAUCUGUCAUAUUUCCAGUGACCACACCCCGACAUUCCAUUAUACACCAAGUUCAUCGGCUCACUGACUCAAUUGCCUCUGCCUUAGAAAGAAGGCAAUAUUGUGCUGAACUCUUCCUGGAUGUUGCCCAGGCCUUUGAUAAGGUCUGGCACGACGGGCUACUAUUUAAAUUGAAAAAAUUCAGGCCAGCUCAAUUAUUCUUAGUUAUCAAAUCUUUUCUAGAAAAUCGAAGUUUCACUGUUAAACAAGGAAACAUCUUUUCGUCCCGAUUCAACAUCACUGCAGGAGUUCCCCAAGGACUAAUGAUAACAGCAUAUGCAAAAGCAGCAUCAGCAUUAAAUGUAGAAGAAUAUAAACAAAGAGCUGUUAAAGCUGCCGAAUUUCUUAGAACACAUGCAUGGGAUUCUAAAAAUAGUGUUUUAUUACGAUCGUGUUAUGUAAAUGAUAAUGAAGAUAUCGCGAACAUAGAAAACCCCAUUGCUGGGUUCCUUAAUGACUACGCUUUUCUCAUACGUGGUCUUUUAGAUUUGUAUGAAUGUACAUUACAGUCUAAAUGGUUAAAAUGGGCUGAUGAUCUGCAGAAACAGCAAGAUGAAUUGUUCUGGGAUAAGGAAAAAUUUGGAUACUAUUCUUCAUCUGACAAGGAUCCAAGUAUCAUUUUGAGGUUCAAGAGUGAUCAUGAUGGAGCUGAACCUUCUGGUAAUUCAAUAUCGGCAUUGAAUCUAUUAAGACUAUCAAUUUUAACUGAAAAGAUUGAAUAUYGUUCUAAGAUUGAUCCUUUAUUCUUGACAUUUGCUGGCCGUUUGUCUAGCAAUUCAAGUGCUUUACCAGCAUUAGUGUCUGCGCUUACUCUACAUUGUGAUUCAAUCACUUCUGUUUAUGUUACCGGUGAUUUGGAUAAUCCUGAGUUAGAAACGCUUUUAUCUGCAAUUAGACAGCGCUAUAUGCCUAAUCUUGUAUUAGGUCUAGCUGAUGAAAACUCUUUAUCAGAACUGGCAAAAGGCUUAGGGAUUGCAGAAAAUGGUAAAGUUGCGGCGUAUGUAUGCAAGAACAAUACUUGUAAUUUACCAGUGUAUAGCACAGAAGCGUUAAUUGCCUUAUUAGAUGGGAAAGUGGAAAGCUCAGCUAGCAACUAGCUUAGUUGCUUAGUAAGAAUAUAAUUUUAGUUUCAUAACAUUUCAAAUGUAUUUAUUUAUUAUUUAUUAUUUAUUAUU